AUGUCCUCGAGAAGAUGGCAUGAUGACGAUCAUGGGCACGGCCCUACGGGAGGCCACGACCCACAGUUUGCCAACAACGAGGUCUUUGACGUGAUAGACCUCUUUACCAAUGCCGGCGACACAAUGUGGAGGUGGAGUUCUGCCGUCCUGGAGCCAAUGACAUUGGCCCUCAUUUCAGGGGCCCUCACCCUGCUGCACAUCACCAUGCUGUCCCUGCUCAUUGUGAUGAUCAGGCCGACUACGACCAGAAAGGUGUGCAGAGCAAUGGGACCACUCCCGGGCAGGAUCUGUAUAGUGCUGGCGACCCUGUCUACGGUGCGUACAUGUGCAGCGGCACCAAGGGGAUAUGGCCGCUUCACGGCGUUGGGAAUCCCCAGACAGACGGACCUGGAGCUGUGGGCCUCAGGACAGCUCACCAUGAGGGAACAGGAACUACGUGCCCUGGAUGAGGUGAUCUACCAUUGUCCUUUGGGCCAUGGAACCGGAGAAGCCCGGAUACCUCGGUAUGAAGUGAAUGUCGAGGAGCAGGAGCCGGGAGAACCGAGAGUGGAGGUUGCCACGGUCCAUGUGACACUGUGGGUAACGGCUCCCUACUAUGAGGCGGAGGUGAUCGACGCGGAGGUGCCCUUUCCUACAACGGUGGAGCGGUUGUCCAAAAUCCUCAAGGACACAUGUGUGGUGAUCCCUGAACACUUUUCUUUGUAUGCACCGGCGACACCGCAGUUUGGGAGCUUCAUUGCCUACCCCCCAUGGAUACAGGAGACCGACAAGGUUGCGCUCAUCGUGGACACGACGGAGGUUGGAGGGGACAUCUUCGGUGCCUACUUUGACAGCCCCAUCACGCGAGAGGGCAUCCUAAUGAACAUGGUUGAGGGAUGGCCAGCGGGUCUACAGGUCUAUGCCUUCGGCAGUGAGAGACCAAUGAGGACGGGCCACGCCUAUGAGGCAUUCCAUGGUGGAGUGGUUAAAGUUCUCAGAGAGGGAGCCCGACCGAGAUGGAAAGAUGAGAUGGUUGCGCGUGUCGGCGACCCCCAGCGAUGGAAUCCAGAGGCCCCCCUGCCAUACCCAGUUGAUGGCCUCCACACUGUAUAUCAGAGCGCUGAUGAUCAGGUCGUCGAGGAGAUCCACUCUGAUGAUGAAAGGACUUUGGAAGUCUCCGCCGAGGAGGCGCUAAGGAUCGAGCAUGGUGAUGCUUGGGUCCAGGUGCCAGAAGAGCGCAUCCCACACCUUGCACAUCGAGGCAGAAGAGUGUGGGGACAGGUCGCGGUCUUCGACGGAAUUGACCAGUAUGCCAGGGAGGAACCGGUGAUCUUCCUGGACCUGCGUGGCCUAGCGCUCUUCCCACAAUGGACGCAGCUGCAAGGCACUGUGUUCAAGCCAAUGGAGUACUAUGAGGAGCUGGACAUGCCGGAUGUGCCGGGUUGGACACUUAUGGUACAAGGCGGCGAACCGCGAGAUGAUGGAGCCCACAUUGACAUCAAGAUGGGAGAUAUGCUCGUCAUGUACCUAUCAAAGGAGACUGGUGAGCAAUCCGAGGACGCCACAAUGCAGGACAGCGAUGACCCUCCCUCUGAUGAUGACAGUGAUAGCAGCUCCAAUACGAGUGACUACCUCAAUGGGAGCUCCAGUGAAGGCCCUCCGGCGGACUAUGAUCCCACAGGUGAACCUCGGGGGCCACCUCCGCCUAGGCCAGUGAACAUGCCUAGAAGCCGCUCCCCCAGGAGGAGACAAACUGAAAUGCUGGGGCAAACGGAGGAGAGAAGGGAGCUCAAAAUCUACGACUACCUCCCGGUGCAACAGUUUGAUCUGACCCAAGUGAGGUUGCCCUUCCCACACACCCACGACCAGGUGAGGAGUUUGUUCAAACCGUGGCCGGCAACCUGGAGGCGAUGGAAUCUUUCAGGGGUGGACUUCAAUGAGGCUGCCAAGGAGGUGUUGAACAAUGCUGUCUCGGGGGACGACAUCCUCAACAAGAUGUGUGCAGAGCCCCCGACUAUCAGUAUUUACACUGAUGGUUCUGCCAAUGAAGCUGCAGGACGAAGCGGAUAUGCUGCGGUGAUCCUUUUGAACCUUGGAGCAGCGGUCGCUGUAAUGGGCAUACUUGGGGGCCAGAUCCUAGGAGACCCAGCCUCUAUGUGGCCGACGACAGGUAAUGUCGCCAUAGCGGCGGCCCUCCUAUGGAUCAUCCAAGCGAGAGCGACCAUACCUUGGUUGGAAUGCAGCAUCCACUACGACUGCAUGGCAGCCGGUAAGGCUGCCCAAGGGCUGUGGGCCCCAGUUGACGAGUUGUCCAAGAGGAUACAUAACUUGGAGAUGAUCCUCAGAGAGAUGGACGGAGUCGACCUCACCAUGACCCACGUGAAAAGUCACGUCGGCCACGGAUGGAAUGAAGUCGCUGAUGCUAUUGCGAAAAGCACUGCUACCGGCACCCAUGCCUUUGCACAGCCACCAGACGAAAUCAGCAGGGCCAUGCUAACGAUGAACCUGGACUGGGUUAGCACGGAAAUGGCAGCCGCCAAAACCGGGGCCCUGCACGUGGAUGGUGGAGGCCUACUAUGGAGUGAGUGCGGACUCGAGAACUACCAGCUCCCGGCCAACAAACUGGUGCCGACCUUGCCACGGGAAGGACAGCGAGCAGCUGCUGAAGAAGGAACAGAAGACUAUACCAUAGCGAUCUGUUCCUUCAAUGUGCAGGGCAUCGGUAAGCAGUACAGAUACAUCGAAGACCAGAUGGACUACCAUGAGUACAACCUGGUCCUGCUGCAGGAAACGAAGACGGGCGGGGGACAAUGUGAAAGUGCCCGCUAUCACCGCCUGGAAGCCCCUGCAGACCGACACUGGGGCACAGCUGUGUGGAUCAGCAAGGAACAUGGUCUGUUGAAGAUCAAUGGGACGGCGAUCGUGCCACCGGAGGCGGAUAUCCGGGUCUUGGUGUCCAGUCCCCGUUUGCUGGCGGUGGUCGUAACGAUUGGGGCCAGCAAAGUCGGCAUCGUCUCAGCCCAUUGCCCUCACGACAACAGAAGGGAGGAAAGAGGAGCGUUCCUCAAGGAGGCUGGGAAGGUGCUAAGAGAGCUCAAGAAGACCCACCUCUUGAUAUGUGGCAUCGACUUGAAUGGGAGACUGCCUUUGAACGUUGAAGGUGUUACUGGAAGCUUGGAGUUUGAUGACCCGGAUGCCAAUGGAAAGCUCAUGGCCGAGAUCAUGGAAGAAUGCGGACUCGAUGCCUGCACCAUCCUCACGACCUCGACUACUACGAGAACGAUUCGAGUCCAAAAAAUGCAGACGGUAGAAGGAAGGGCAAUUGUGGCGGAGGCCUGUCGGAACUUUACCCAACCACCUUGGAACAUGCAUCCCGACGAGCACUGCCAAAACUUCCAGGAACACAUGGUGAAGGUCAUGCGACAGAGUUUUGCACUCCCACAGCGGCCACAGGGAGCUUCCUACAUCCCUGACGAGGUAUGGGCCCUACGCCAGCUGAAGAAUCAGCUGAAGUGGCGAACGCGAGGUCGCCUACGGCAAGCGGGCUACCUACAGCGUCAGGCUUUGACGCACUGGAGACAUGGAUGUGACCCAGGGAUUGCGUCCCGAACUGCCAAACAUGCAUUGCUGUAUGAUCUGGUUGCUAGUGCGGUCAAGUUUGCGACUAUGACUUGCAGACGAAUUAUUGCCAAGGCAAAGGACAACUACCUGAGAGGCCUUGCGGCAACCGGGCCCCAAUCAGCCUCUGCUAUCUUGAGGCGAGCCAAGCAGGCCGGGCUGGGAUCCAAGGCCAAGCGGCCUAUCCACCGAGAGCUCCCGAAACUGCUGGAUCCGGAGACCCAGAAGGAGGCCGAAACCAGGGAAGAUCGCGAUGCCAUCUGGCUAAAGUACUUUGGCACGCAGGAGGCAGGCUCCAUAGUCGCGACCGAGAGCUUCCUCUCUGAAGUCAGCCAGAGCCAGGACAGAACCCACGAGGACUGGAGCUGGGAGCUACUGCCGAGCUUGGUCGACAUCGAGACGGUCCUACGACGCACCCCGAAGAACAAGACCGCCGGACUGGACCAAAUCCCCAGUGACCUGGUAUCGGCAUGCCCAAGCGAAUUCGCAAGGGCGGUGCAACCACUGUACUUGAAGUCUCUUCUACGAGGGAGGCAACCAAUACAGUGGAGAGGUGGCAUUUUGUAUGAGGCCUUCAAAGGAGCUGGAGCACAAUGGGAUCCCGGCAACCACAGAAGCCUCUACAUAUCGAGCUUCGUUGGUAAAGCCCUACACAAAACGAUGCGGGCAAAAAUCAACGACCACCUCGACAACUUCUUGCACCCGCUCCAUUGCGGCUCGAGGAAAGGUCUCCCGGUCCUUUUCCCUUCGCUGUUCAUCGUCCAACAUCUCCGGUGGUGCUUCCAGAGCCACAGGAGUGCGGCGGUGAUUUUUGUCGACACGAAGUCGGCAUAUUACAGGCUGGUUCGACAAAUUGCCACGGGCGACCUGACGGUCGACCGAAAUGUGGAGGCACUCUUCCAUUCCUUCGGAUUGGAUGGCAGCGAUGUGGCAGAGUUGCGGGAAGUGAUCCUCAAUGGGGGCAUGCUCAAUGAGGCGGAAGUACCGGGACCUAUCAGAACAGCGGCCUGGGAUUUCCACCGGGAGUCUUGGUUCACCACGCGAUUCACUACAGGGGAGCAAGUCUGCCGCUCCACCGCUGGAUCACGGCCAGGAGCGUCGUGGGCUGACUGCGUUUUCUCGGUGAGCUACGCUCGAAUACUUUACCGAGUACACGAGCAAAUGGAGGGGGAGUCCCUCAACUUCAGCCUUGAAUAUUCGCCGGAGUCGGGGCCUUUUACAACCCACCCUGUGGGCAACCAGCAGGCGGCCUGGGAUACAACCUGGGCGGACGACAGUGCCUACGCCUUGACUGGAGACAACCCGGAGGAGGUCAUCUACCGGACCUCACGACUGGGAUCGAUGAUCAUUUCUGCAUUCCGUUCCCACGGUUUGUCCCCGAACCUCAAGCGCCACAAGACAAGUGCUAUACUGAGGUUGACGGGACGAGGAGCAACGAAGGUGCGACAGCGUUGCUUCUCCUCUGGGAGACCGGGCGAAUCCCUCCAGAUUGUCCCGCACUACAAGCAUUUAGGCUGUGUGGUGGACCCGUGCAUGAAAAUGGCACAGGAGGUCCGGCACCGGACGGCACUUGCCGCCGACGCCUACAACCAGGCCAAGGACCUGCUACUGCAGAACCGCGAUCUGGCCCUGGAAACUCGGACCAUGCUCUUCAAUACGGUCGUGGUCAGCACUUAUCACAACCUGGAGAUAUGGCAAGCGACAGGCAAGCAGUGGCAGCAACUGAGUGACAACUUCUCGCGGCUCGUGAGAAAGUUGUUGAGCCGAGAUGUACCGGGGGAGGGCCUUUUCAAGAUCCCUCUGGUCCUAGCACAUUGGGCCACAGGAUGUUGGCCACUGGCCCUGUACGCACGGAGAAGCCGUAUCUCGGCCCUGGUAUCGCUGGCUUUGAAAGGGCCAGAUGUAUUGUGGGCCAUGGUACAACAAGAAGGUCGUUGGAGCCAACAGUUGUGUGAUGAUCUACGAUGGUUGGUUGCUGAUGAUGCGGGCAAUUGGCCAGAGGUUCAGGAAGCUUCUUGGCCUCAGUGGUGGCAUGUCCUGCGGCAGCAACCGCACAGGGUCAAAAAGCGGGCACAACGGCAAAAUGUUGAGGAUUUCCGGAAAUUCAAGGAGAAGGCGGCGAUACAUGUAUGCCUCUGGCAUCUACAUCGCAGCCUACCGGCCCCUACAGCAGCGACCAAGAAGGAGCCAACGUGGUGGUGUAGAAUGUGCGACAAGGGAUUCCGCACAAGGGCGGCACUCAGUGUUCACUUCUUCAGCGUCCACAACCGGUGCGCAGAAUACAGACGAUAUCUCUGUGGAACCAAAUGUGCCAGCUGUGGCACGGAAUACUGGACGACAGGGCGGUUGGAGGACCACCUCCGAGCCAGUAAAAAGUGCGUCAGAAGCCUACGUCGACGACACAAACCCCAGGAUGUAGUCCACCCUGGCUAUGGCAGUCGCCGGCGGCGUAAAGAUGCAGUUGAAAACUUCACCCCAGCACCACCGUGCCCGGGGGAAGGCGAUAUCAGGGAGGAUGGCGACAAUCCGUGGAACUACUACCAGAACAGAUGCCACGAGGAGCUAUGUAACGAGCUUCUUCGCCACCCUCUACCUGAUCCACUUGUACAAGUGCUUCGUGGAAAACUCCAUAAGUACCCGCUUUACCCGGAGGAAAUCAGUGAGGUCCUUGAUUGGGUAUGCUCCGAGGUCGACAUUGUCAAUGGUGACGAUGACCUACAGCAGUGGAGCCGGGAGGAGUACGAGGAGAUCCUGCGAGCACUCACAGAACUUCGUCGAUACAAAGAGGAAGACGGAGCAGAAGAUCAGCGAGAACUUCGUGCUCUGAGCAGUUUUGCAUCUUUUCAGUCGAUGCUGGACUCCCUCGAUUGGCGAGACGUAUAUAAGAAUUUCCAGGGUGACAACGGGACCCAAUUCGCCUCAUUGUAUUCACUACCUGCCAGCUGGGAAGCUGUGUGGCGGCAGGCUAGGGAUGAGGUGCUUAGCACGGCCGUGGUCAAAGACCCAGGAUUGCUGCUCCCGAAGCCGUUAAGAGCCCUGUGGCAGGAGUUCCUCAAUGGGGGACGGCCUAAGCUACAAGCUCCGGCUUCAUUCUGGGGGCACCCGGUGGCUGAGCCUUUUAAGCCUUUCCGGGAUGAAUGCACAGUAUAA